GAUAAAUUUACGUAGCCGUCCGGACGGACGUUAGUAAUUAAAUUUGCUUCGACUUAUACGUUGUAAAUCUCUACCGGUGACGUUAGACGAAUUCCGAGAACGACCGUGAUUUUGAUCGAGCCAUACGCGAAUAGUUUCGUUAAUUACUUAUUAUAUUGCGACACUAAAUAGUAAUAUUGAAGGUGAAGUUAGUAAAUUCUUUGUUAUUGGAACACCUGUAACCUUGGUUUAUCUAUUUAACAACAUUGCUAAUGAUAACACAUUAUGCGUGCCUUUAGAAGUUAUUAACUUUUUAAUGGUGAUCUGAAUACACUUUACUUAGCUUGCUAUGUUGGCGGAAAUUUUUGUGUUUAAAUAAGCUUUUAUUCUUUGAAUUUUGUUGAAAAAUAGUGUCGAAAUACUAUUUAUUACGGGUAAGAAAUUACGAAAUUUUUGUGUUAUUGUGCAUAUAGAGUGCAAACUCGUAUGUAAAUGGUACUUAUUGACUUUUUGUCUUUGGAAUAUUACUGGCCGAAUACUCUAUUGCCAUUGGUAACCAUUGUGUCAACAAAAGAGGUAGGUAACAAUACGAAUGGCGGCACGUUGCAAUUUCAAAGUUCUGUGAAGAGUUUAUGAUAAAAUCCGUGAUAUUAUUGCCAAAAUAGUGUGCUAAAGUUUUUAUAAUGGGUAAUUGUUGGGGCAUAUUCCGGCGGCGUCGUUUACGCCGUCAUAUAGUGUUAAUUUUGAUCGGAUUAGACAACGCAGGGAAGACUAAAACAGUGAAUAAUUUAGCAGGCGAAAAUGAUGAUAAAGUUUUACCUACAGUUGGUUUUAAGGCAGUGAAUCUUAUUCAUAAGGAUACGCCUGUAACAAUAUAUGAUUUGGGCGGCGGCCCGCAGUUUAGACAGAUUUGGUCUCAAUAUUACAGUGAGGUACAUGGUAUAAUAUUUGUAAUCGACUCGAGCGAUUAUAACAGAUUGGAAGAAUGUAAAGUCGUAUUAGAAGAGGUUCUAUCACAUGAUAAAAUAUCGGGUAAACCAGUGUUAGUUCUGGCUAACAAACAGGACAAAACAGGAGCUCUUGAUGAUAUAGAUGUUGUAGAGAAACUAAAUAUAGAACCUUUAGUUAACAAAUACAGAUGCCCUACACUAGUUGAAUCUUACACAGCCGAAGUAUCAUUUACAAAUUCAAAAAAGCCCAAAAUCGAUCCAGGCCUUCGGAAAGGCUACCAGUGGCUCCUUAAUUAUAUAGUCAGUCGGUAUGGCGACAUCAACCUGCGUGUGCAAACAGAUAUACAUGCCGAAUUGGAACGUAGACGGCGCAUGUUUACAAAGUCAUCUCGAGGCUCUCAGACAUUUACUGCUCACAGCGAUGACAUAGCCACUCAAACUGGAUUUGAGAAUCCCAAUUUUUCGCUUCCAAAGGAUAAUGGACUGAUCGUAGUUAAGCCUGUGAAAGGCACAAGUGACUCGACAAUUACUGUGGAAAGUAUGGAUGACUCUGAUAGCGUAAUUAAACCAAAACUGUCGCCUUUGUUCGGUCGAGCGAAUACAUCUACUACGGAAACUGUGAAAAUAGAAUUGGAGCCGAGAAACGAGUUUAGGAAAUUGUCGCCGAUCAUCAAGAGGAGUGCCGGGGCUGGGGUUAACCAUAUUGAUUUCAAGAAUCGACCCCAGUCGAGUCCAACUAAUAAGAGUAAGACGCUAUCAUCAAUGGACUCAUCCAUACAAGAGGAUAAGGCGAAUGUAAUGUUUUCCGACAGGAAUCAAACUUACGACGCGUUCAAUAAGCACCGUGUGUUGAUAAAUGACGCUGAACUCUCGCAGAUGCAUCGGGAAAUCGUGUUGACUGAAAGAGACCACACAAAGACGGCGUCAUCGGACAUAAUCCCGGGGACCUCCAGUCUCCCUUUAAGCGCUCGACCGGCUUCCGCCUCUCAACUGGUCAGGAGACAACUCGAGAUCUGUUCACAGCAUCGCCGUCGGCUCAGCUUGAGAUACAUGCAACGUAAUAAGACUAGUCCGGUGCGUACUUCGAUGCUUCUGUAUGAACCGGGAAAACAAAAACAACUCGACAAAGGAGAUUUUGAACACGCCGCUACACUUACUUAAUAGACUCCCACUUUCGGCUGUUCAAUUGUCAAUUCGAGAAUAUUGAAGUUAUUGUUUAAGAUGUUGAUUUAUAAGUUAAGAGAGAAAUUUAUGUUCCUUUAUAUUCUAAGAAAGUUAAUAAACAUUGGUCUCCUUUACCUUUUAAAUUUUUUUGGCUAAUUUAAAUUAUAUUUAAUAUUUAAUUUGUCGAGUAGACGAAAACUAUCGUGUCUAUAGUUUACUUUGCUAAACGGUAACAGUUGGAAGUCUGUAGUCGUAAAAGGCAAAUGAAUUGAUGCUAUCGUACUUUAUAGAGAUAUACCAUCGUAACCAUGGUAACCAACUAUAAACCACGCUUCAUAACGCCGAGCUUGGAAUAUUCGAUAGUUUUCGUUGUUCGAUGAUUUCACCAAUUUAUAAACCACUAAAAUGUAAAAGUUAAUUCCUGAACGCGUCUUAUAAGCUUCAAAUAAAUAGACUUUGGAACUGAUGGGUGCAAAAUAUUAGCCAUUUAAUUAUUAUACAUUCAAAAUUGGUUAAAUAAUGAUACUAUGGAAUUUAGGGACCACUUCUAGGGAUUUUUUUUUGUUCAUAGAUUUUUUACGGAGCAAUUUUUUUUAUUCGAAAAUUGUAAAAGUUAUAAAGCUGUGAAUUUUAGUUUUAGUUAAUAGGAUAAGAUUUUUAUUACUAUUUUCCUGAUGAGGGAACUGAACAAUUCGAAAAUAUUCAACUUCCUUUCAGAUUAAAAUAGUUUUUUAAUAAGCACCAUGUUGCAAAUAGUUCUUUGUUAUAAAUGAUUACAGGGUAUGUUAGAUGAUAUAGACAUAGACACAAAACAGUGUUCAAUUAGCCCUUUUCGAUCGGAUACUCAAAAGCCUCCCUCGCGUCUCUCAGCGAUAACCCCAAAAACUAGUGCACGGUUUUUGAUGCGAUUCUCCCCAAUUGUCAAUUACGAGGAUAUAGAUAUAUAUAUAGAUUAACCCGUAAGAAACUGAGAAUGGGCGCUAGUUAAGUUAUAAGUGGAAAGUUAUUUUCACACUUAACUAAAGCAUUUUGUCUCUGUCAUACUGUGUAUACAAUUGACUAGUUUUUUAAAAUAAUGAAUAUAUAUAAGAUGAUAAGAAUUAAAAAAACUAAGUUACGUUCAGAAAUGGGUCUGUCUCUAGCGAGAUUUUUUGUAUUAUAAUUAAACUUUCAACUAACUAAAGACUUGGAUUCUGUUUUAAAUUUGAUUUUCCGAUCGUAAAAGUGGUUGUUUUCUAAAAUAAAUUACAUGUGAUUUAAAUUUGUCAUAGCAAAGUAGUUUUGUAUUUUGUAUACGAAGAAUAUUAAUAAAUAAUAUAGAUAUA